AUGGGGGAGACCUCGGAGCGCCCCCACCUCGGAGCCGCCGGCCUGUCCUUCCAGGGGGCGCUCGGCCUCCAGGAGAUCGCGCACUGCGGUUGUCCACCGGGCAGGUGCGGUGCCCGUCCACCGGGCACGUGCUGUGCCCGUCCACAGCGGCUGGCGCGGCGAGCGGCUCCACUUCAAAUGUGCCCGCCCUCUGCUUCCGCAAGCACCGGCGUGUGGACCUCCGACCAGGCCAUCGAGACACAGAGUCAAUCAAGAAGACCGGUGGCUGCUGCAAGCGGCGUGGGCGACAUCGCGCACAGCUAA